AUGUCGAAGUGGAUUAAUAAGCGCAAGGUGUCCAUCAUUAACUUGCCGUUGCCGGCCAAAUCGGUCGCCGCACUGCCAGCCACGCCGGGCGAGUGCGAAUUCGAGCAGCUGUUCUUCUUCGCGUUCAAGUGCUUUCGGCUGUUCGCCCUGACGCCCGGCCAGAUGGUGAAGCAGAAGGAUCGGUACGUUGUGCGCAAUACGCGCUGGAUGAUGCUGAUCGUGCUGCUGCUCGUGCUGGUUGCCUGGUUUGCGCUGAUCGAAACGUUCUUCGUCGAAACCAGGUCGGCAUUGAUCACCGGCAUCGCGAACCACAUUCAGUUCAUCAUGAACACGAUCGCGCUGACGGCGGCUUGGGUCGUGCCACAGCUUAAACCCAACGAGCUGAGCACGAUUUUGGAAGGAUUUCUAAUUAUCGAUCGGGAGCUGAGCUGUUACAACGUGCCCGAACCAGCUGAAAGCAAGCGGGUCCCGUUUCUGCUGCGUUUCGGAGUGGUACUGCUGGCACUCUUCUCGUUCACGCUGUACGACGGGUUCGUAACGUUUGUUAAGCUUUCCACGAUCGAGGUGUGGUACUGGCUCUCCCAUCAAGUACCGUUCAUCAUCUACGCCCUGGCAUUUCUGCAAGCGUACGUUCUUAUCUCCUGGCUGCACGCGCGGUUCCGCAGUCUAAACACGCUGGUGGAGCAGUACUACCGACAGGGUCACAUCUUUACGCCCCAGCGUCAAACAAUCAUAAGCUUCGCUACCAUGAUCAAGGAGAUGCCCGAAAGUGAAGAUAUCCAUCCGGUUGGGUGUCGCGAAACGUCCGACGACCUGCAGGUACUCGCGAUCGUAUCGCGCACGAUCGAUCUUGGGCAGAAGAUUGAAGCGUACUUUGGGCCCCUAUUUCUCACCGUUUACACAGCGCUCUUCUCGGUGACGACGAUUCAAUCGUACUACUGCUAUCUGCACCUUACCUCCAAAGUCGAUCGAGGUUUGACGAUCGAAUCGCUCAUCCUUUCCGGUGGCAUCAUACUGUUCAAUGUGAUCGCAAUCGUUGCCCUGCCGUACAUCUGUGAGCAGGUGGAAAGUGAAUCGAAAAUGCUGAUGUCUUACCUUUCCAAGCUCUCGAUGAAGCACGGUCAGGUGGCACAGCAUUCCUCCAUCUGGUUUCCGAACCUAAUCUCAAGCGUGCGCUUUUCGGCGUUGGGAUUCUUUACCAUUAACUACAACAUGUUAUCGGGGCUUGUAGCCGGUAUGGUGACGUAUCUGAUCAUUUUCAUCCAGUUUAAUUCGAUGGUACCGGCCGAACAGGACGACAUACACCAAACCCGUAGACAGGAGCUGCCCGACGAGUGA